AUGGCGCAUAGGGUGGAUCAUGAGUUUACGAGAAACGAGUUUUGCUUGGAGUCUAAAUCUACUAUUGGAGUUGAAUUCGCCACCAGAACUCUUCAGGUAGAGGGAAAGACUGUAAAAGCACAGAUAUGGGACACAGCGGGUCAGGAGCGGUGGCUGCGUGAAUUGAGGGACCAUGCGGAUUCUAAUAUAGUGAUUAUGAUGGCUGGAAAUAAGUCUGAUUUGAACCAUCUUAGAGCUGUUUCAGAAGAUGACGGUCAUGCUUUGGCAGAGAAGGAAGGUCUAUCUUUUCUUGAGACAUCCGCGUUGGAAGCAACCAACAUUGAGAAGGCAUUCCAAACCAUAUUGACAGAGAUCUAUCAUAUUGUAAGCAAAAAAGCACUUGCAGCUCAGGAAGCAGCUUCUGGUACCCCACUUCCUGGUCAAGGAACCACAAUCAAUGUUGCAGAUGCCUCUGCCAAUACAAAGAGAGGCUGUUGCUCCACUUAA